AUGGCAACAUUACAACAGGAAGAGAUAAGAUUCUGGAAGUCUGUGAAGUCGCGCUGUCUUUUGGAAAUGAUGGAGUUACCCUUAAGGAUCCGUCUCGCUGAGAUUCUGCAAUUGCUACUUGUCUUCUCUCGAGGAGACCCAGCCGUCGGGACCUUCCUGAACUCGUACGGCAAGACCUUCGAGGGGAGCGAGGGGCGGCCCCACACGCAGCCGUGGGAACCGCCUCCUUCCUCGGGCCCGGUGUUCGACCCCUCCCCCCCCCACAACGUGACUGCUGUGAAGGGCGAGAAUGCCUAUCUCCACUGCAUCGUUUACAACCUUGGUAACAAUACGGUGUCCUGGAUCCGCGACGCCGACCUGCACAUCCUGACGGUGGCGCAGUACACCUACACCGCCGACGACAGGUUCGAGGUGAUCCAUUCCCCGGAUUCCAACUCCAACUCCUGGAUUCUGAAGAUCAAGUCCGUUCAGCCGAGAGACUCAGGUCGCUACGAGUGCCAGGUCAACACGCACCCGACUGACCCCAUCACGUUCCCCGUCUACCUGUCCGUCUUUGUACCCACAGCCCGUAUCCUGGGUUCCCCUGAGCGGUAUGUGUACAGGGGCUCGACCAUCAACCUCACCUGCAUCAUCAACCAUAAGCCUGAAUCUACAACGGAGAUCUUCUGGUACCAUAACAAUAAGGUGAUCAACUACGACAACCGCGACAGCCGGGUGAGCGUGAUCACGGACCGCGGCGCCGUCACCAAGACCAUCCUGCUGAUCCACGACGCGCACGACGGCGCCACAGGCACCUACUCCUGCGUGCCCUCGCCCUCCGCCACCGCCUCCGUCAGGAUACACAUCCUCAACGGAGACUCCACAGCCGCCAUCCUGACGAACGCUGGCCGCCCUCGCCAUCUGUGCCCCGCUACGUUCACGCUCGCUCUCGCCCUCCUCACCUGCCUGCUCUGUGACGUCACAAUCCGGGACUUUCGGAAGUGA